UGUGCCCAGGUUUUUUACAUGUAUUGAUCUCCUUUUCACUUCAUUUCUAGGUAUUUUAUAUUUCUAUUUAGUUUCAUAUUUAACAUGAGAAUUAUUUAGGAAUAUGUCUUGUUUUGGGUAACUUUUAAAUUUUGAUUAAGUUUCAAACUUGCAGGAAAGUUACAAGAAUAGUACCAAGUAUUCUUGGGUACUCUUUGCUCAGAUUCACCAAUUGUUUACAUUUUGUCCCAUUUGUAUUAUCAUUCCUGUGUGCACUUGCAAUUGUUCUGUGUCUCUAUAUAUGCAUGUGAGGACACACACACAUACACAAUACAUACAUUUUAUCUGAACCAUUUAAGAAUAAGUUGCAGACAUUUGCCUCUUUACCCUUAAACACUUCAGUGUGUUAUUUCCUAAGAACAAGAGUAUUCUCUUACAUAGCCACAGUACAGUCACUAAAAUAAGAAAUUUAAACAACAGUGCAAUACUGUUAUGUAACAGUCCAUAUACAAAAUUUUUUGCUAGUCUCAAUAAUAUUCUUUGUACCAAUUCAUCCUACUUACAUCACACCCUCUCUCCCUGACUUGCUAUCCAGGAUACAGUCUAGGAUCACACAUUGAAUUUAGUUAUCAUGUCUCUUUUUAGUCUUUUUUUUUUUUAAAGAUUUAAUUUUAUUUAUUUUUGGCUACCUUGGGUCUUUGUUGCUGCGCACGGGCUUUCUCUAGCUGUGGUGAGUGGGGGCUACUCUUCGUUGCGGUGCACGGGCUUCUCCUUGCUGUGGCUUCUCUUGUUGCAGAGCACAGGCUCUAGGCGUGCGGGCUUCAGUAGUUGUAGCGCAUGGGCUUAGUUGCUCCGCGGCAUGUGGGAUCUUCCCGGGCCAGGGCUCGAACCCGUGUCCCCUGCAUUGGCAGGUGGAUUCUUAACCACUGCACCACCAGGGAAGCCCCUUGGAUUCAGUUUUUAAUCUGCUCCUUCAUUGUGGUUAUGUUAUUCAUUUCAAAUACUUUUAGGUUCAUUUAUUCCCUUUGUAUUCUGUUUGAUUUUUUAAUUAAUAUUAAUCCAUUCUUGUUCAUUUGAUUUUAUGAACAUGGUUCCAAAUGUUAAAACUAUACAAAAAGAUAGAGUAGUGUCACUGUGCUCCCAUAACCUUUGUUUUAGUGAAUAUUGUGCCAAUAUUCUUGUUUAUUUGAUUUUAUGAACAUGGUUCCAAACGUUAAAACUAUACAAAAAGAGUAGUGUCACUGUGCUCCCAUAACCUUUGUUUUAGUGAAUAUUGUGCACUGAAUUGUGUCCCCCACCAAAUUCAUAUAUUGAGGCUCUAACCCCCCAGUACUUUACAAUGUGACUAUAUUUGGAGACAGGGUUUUAAAAGAGAUGAUUAAAACGAGGCUGUUAGGGUGGAUCCUAAACCAAUCUGACUGGUAUCCUUAUAUGAGAGGAAAUUUAGACACACAAAGAGACACCAGGGAUGCUCACACAGAGGAAAGACCAUGUGAGAACACAGUGAGAAAGUAACCAUCUGCAAGCCAACGACAGAGGCCUCAAAAGAAACCAAACCUGCUGACACCUUGAUCUUGGACUUCUAAUCUCCAGAACUACUGUGAAUCAAGGUUGAGACCAAGAAUUAUUUCUGAAAAAGGAUAUUUAUGGAAUAGAAUCAUCCUGAUGGGAGAUAAUGGAAAGACUUAUAAAAAACAGCAUUGAGUGUUCAAGUUUCAGAGGUGAUUGGGAAUGUAAAAGCCAGUUUGAGAGAAAACAGGAAUCUCAGGAAGGACAUUUCAGUCAAAUGAUAUUUACUCCUGAAGACAUACCCACUUUCAAUACCCAGCAUCAGAGAAUUCAUACUGAUGAGAAACUCCUUGAAUGUAAGGAAUGUGGGAAGGAUUUUAGUUUUGUAUCAGUCCUUAUUCGACAUCAGCGAAUUCAUACUGGUGAGAAACCUUAUGAAUGUAAAGAAUGUGGCAAGGCCUUUGGUAGUGGUGCAAACCUUGCUUACCAUCAAAGAAUUCAUACUGGUGAAAAACCUUAUGAAUGUAAUGAAUGUGGGAAGGCCUUUGGUAGUGGCUCAAACCUUACUCACCAUCAGCGAAUUCACACUGGUGAGAAACCAUAUGAAUGUAAGGAAUGCGGGAAAGCCUUUAGUUUUGGAUCAGGCCUUAUUCGACAUCAGAUAAUUCACAGUGGUGAAAAGCCUUAUGAGUGUAAGGAAUGUGGGAAGUCCUUUAGUUUUGAAUCAGCCCUUACUCGGCAUCACAGAAUUCACACAGGUGAGAAACCUUAUGAAUGUAAGGAUUGUGGGAAAGCCUUUGGCAGUGGUUCAAACCUUACUCAGCAUCGAAGAAUUCAUACUGGUGAGAAACCUUAUGAAUGUAAAGCAUGUGGAAUGGCCUUUAGUAGUGGUUCAGCUCUUACGCGGCAUCAAAGAAUUCAUACUGGUGAGAAACCAUAUAUAUGUAACAAAUGUGGGAAGGCUUUUAGUUUUGGAUCAGCCCUUACUCGACAUCAAAGAAUUCACACUGGUGAGAAACCUUAUGUAUGUAAAGAAUGUGGGAAGGCUUUCAAUAGUGGCUCGGAUCUCACUCAACAUCAGAGAAUUCACACUGGUGAGAAACCCUAUGAGUGUAAGGAAUGUGAGAAAGCCUUUAGAAGUGGUUCAAAACUUAUUCAGCAUCAAAGAAUGCACACUGGUGAGAAACCCUAUGAGUGUAAGGAAUGUGGGAAGGCCUUUAGUAGUGGUUCAGACCUCACUCAACAUCAGAGAAUUCAUACUGGUGAGAAACCCUAUGAAUGUAAGGAAUGUGGGAAGGCUUUUGGUAGUGGCUCAAAACUUAUUCAACACCAGCUAAUUCACACAGGUGAAAAACCCUAUGAAUGUAAAGAAUGUAGAAAGUCCUUUAGUAGUGGUUCAGCCCUUAAUCGGCACCAGAGGAUACACACUGGUCAGAAACCCUAUGAAUGUAAGGAAUGUGGGAUGACUUUUGGUACGGGCUCCAGCCGUACUCAACAUCAGAGAAUACAUACUGGUGAGAAACGUUAUGAAUGUAAGGGCUGUGGGAAGGCUUUGGAGAGGGGUUCAGAAAUUCAGCAACAUAAGAAAAGUCAUGCUGGUAAGAAGCUCUGUGAAUGAGAAACUCUAUAAAUUGGAAUUACGUAGUUAAGGAACCAUACAAUAAAGAGAAUUCAUACUAGUGAGAGUCCCUACAAAUGUAACUAAGGUACAUAUACUUAUACUUUACCAGUUAGUCAGUCUGAGAAAAUUCAUACAGAAAAUAAACACUCUGAAUAAAAUAUUUGAAUAUUUUAAUCUAAAUUCAUUCCUUCAUUACUUUCAGAAAAUUCAUACUUGUCAAUAUUAUAAGUUGAAAAACCUUUUUAUUGUAUAUUGCAUUUAUUUUAAGCAUCGAAAUUUAUUUGGGGGCUAACCCUGCUACUUUCUUUUUAAUGUUCUUAAUUUUUUGUGAAGUAUACAGAAUUACUGAUGCAUUUUAAAAUUAUUUUAAAUUAUUGAGGGUCUAAUUUACCCUUUUUCUCCCUCCCCCAUUUCUCAUACUAACACCAUUUAUUUAAUAACCAUAUCUAUUUUUAUAUAUUUUUAUUGCAUGUUUGAUGGUAAGUUUAUUUUUAUACAUAUAAAGCUUCGAUAUCAGGUCAGUCUUUGUUUUUAAAAUUUGCAUAUCUGUCUGUGUAUCUGUGUGUCACCCUGUUUGUGUUAAGUUACUGUUACUUUUACAUAUCCUUUAGUAUCUUAUGGAUAUGUACCUUUGGGAAGAUUGUUUUAUUUUCCUUUUAGAAACUUACAUUAUUCUUUUUGCAGAACAAUUUUCCUCCAUAAAAAUGUAGAUAUGAGUAAAAAAAAAACAGCUACAGUUAUCUGUAAUCUUACCAGUCAUAGACAGUCACUGUCAAAUUUUUGGAGCAAAUCCUGUAAGAUUACAUCUGGCAUUGCUUUUGAGAGAAAGUGUGAUUAUGCUAUAACCAGCCUUUAAUAUUCUUUGUCUGUGAAUAUAUUGUUACUAUUCCAUUGGCUUAAAAGUAUUUACCUGUUUUUAUCAAACCCCCAUUUUGUCAAAUACUGAAAAUUUUGCCAUUAUAAAGAGUUACCUUGUUGGCCCCUUUUGAAUGUGUCUGCUUUAUUUAUUUGUUGCUCAUUUUAGAGAUAAUAUGUGGCUCUCUUCUGCUUUUACUGAUUUAUACAUUAUAGGUAAAAUUGUACUUCCCUUUGACUAACAUCCCGACCUUAGUUACUUCCCCAACAUAACCAACUUACUUAUUCUUCCAGAUCCUUUUGUAUGCAUAUAUGAUGUGUUUAUGGUAAUGUGGGCCUAAUUAGUGUACUUCAGAGGCUGGUUAUGGGGAUUCUACAGUUGUGCCCAUCACAUAAUAAAUACUUGGUUAGUUUAGCCAUCAUCAUUGUUAUCUUCUCAGUCUUUGUUAUUUAUGGAAAAACUUUUAAAUGUGAUCUAUACCUUACUCAACAUCAAAGACAUUAUCACGGAAAAAAGACAUCUACGUAAGUGAAUAAAGGAAAAGUUUGAUUAACAUUUAUUCCUUAUUGAACAAGGAAUAAUUCAUCUUAAAGAAAAAUAAAGACUGUAAGUGUAAGAAGGCAAAAUACCUCAUGAAACUUAUGCUUCUA